AUGGCCGUGUCAAUUGAAGAAUUCAAUACUGCUCAAGAAGGUAAAGCUAUUAUAUUAACACCAAAGAAAGAUGAAGUAUUCUAUAAUCCAAUACAACAAUUUAAUAGAGAUUUAUCAAUUAUGGCAAUUAAAGCAUAUGAUGAAUUAAGACAAAGUAAAAAUGUUAAAAGAAGAAAAUUACCAAGUUUAAAAAUAUUAGAAGCUUUAUCUGCUUCUGGUUUACGUUCAUGUCGAUAUGGUUUAGAAAUUGACAAUGUUGAUAAAAUUGUAGCUAAUGAUAUGUCAAAAGAGGCCGUUAUUGAUAUAAAUCGAAAUAUAAAACAUAAUAAUCUUGAGUCUAAAGUUGUUGCAAAUGAAUCAGAUGCUAUUAAGUACAUGUCAUCCACAAAGGAAAAAUUCCACAUUAUCGAUUUAGAUCCAUAUGGUACUGCUACUCCAUUUAUUGAUUCUGCAAUUCAAGCAAUUGAAGAAGAUGGUAUCCUUUUAGUUACUUGUACUGAUGCUGCGGUUUUAGCUGGUGCUGGAUAUCAUGAAAAAUGUUUUGCAUUAUAUGGUGGUAAUAAUUUUGGAAAUUCUUAUAUUAAUUCUGAAUGUAAUCAUGAAGUUGGAAUUAGACUAAUGUUGAACUUAAUUGCAAAUACAGCCGCAAGGUAUAAAAAAUCAAUUGAACCAUUAUUAAGUUUAUCAAUAGAUUAUUAUUUUAGAAUAUUCAUCAGAGUUAAAACAUCACCAAUUAAAGUUAAGAAUUUAGCUUCUGAAACAAUGAUAACUUUUGGAUGUAAUGGAUGUGGAAACAAAAUAUUACAACCAUUAGGUAUCAGAACCAAAGGUGAGAAUAAAUCAAAAUUCACAUAUCCAAAAUUACAACCAAUUACUUCAAGUUGUGAAUUUUGUAAUAAUUCUUAUAAUAUUGCAGGUCCAAUGUAUGGUGGAAAUCUACAUGAUAAUCAAUUUAUAAAUAAAAUUUUAGAAAUUAAUGAAGGAUCAGAUAAGGAAAUUUAUAAAACUUCAGAAAGAAUUAAAGGUAUGUUAACACUAGCUAAAUCUGAAUUAACCACUCCAUUUUUUUUCAAUUUAAAUUCAUUAAAUUCAUUACUUAAAUCACCUCCAAUUUCAAUAGAUUCUUAUUGUAAAGCUAUUGGGAAUUUAAAUUAUGAUGUAAGUUUAACUCAUGCUAGAAAAAAUUGUGUAAAGACAAAUGCACCAUGGAAGAUUAAUUUAUUAAUUAGUAGACAAUGGGUAAUUAAUCAAAAUGAAAAACUAUUAAAAGAACUAGAAGAAGAAUCAAAGAAAGAAGAAUUAAAAGAAAAUAAGAAAAUCAAAUUAGAAAAUUUAAAAAAAGAUCUAUUAUAUAAUGCUAAUUUGAAGCCAAGUUCUCCUGGUGGUAGAAUAAUGUCAAAUUUUAAAUACUUACCUGAAGAAGAUUUAAAAAUAAAGAUUGAUUUCGAAACUGAUAAUAAAGUAAAUAAAAAAAUUCAAAAAUUGAGAAGUGUUAAAAUGGUUAGAUAUCAAGAAAAUCCAACAAAGAAUUGGGGUCCAAUGGCAAAACCAAAGUAA